AUGAACAUAAUUGAUUUUGCUUCUAGCCAAAAUCAUAUAUUUGUACGACGAGAUGGUAUUUCAUAUUAUGUGCCUGAAUUGUUUCACUUGAAUCCUCAUUUCUCCUCCACUUGUCCGCUCCUUAUUCAUGAUAUUCACCAUCUUCAAGAUUGCGUGCAAAUCUAUGGUGUACGAGGAUAUCAAAUGCAAAGAGCAGGUUGUUACCUCAUGAAUAAUCACCCGUUAAAGUCAAUCAAAGUCACCGGUAAGAUUGUAGGUGAGCAGUAUAAAGAAUUUGCUGAAUCGAAAAAGGCCUUUGUUAAGGUGACAAUCGACGAUUUCUCAGGAACUGAUCUGAUAAUCACCACCCUAGUGUCUCAACUGACAUAUAUCAAUGGUGGCCUUACGGUGUGCAACUCGUAUGGAAAAGAAGUGACGGUGACGGGAACUGUCAGAGUGUACAGAAAUGUCCGGGAAAUCCAAUGUGAAAGUAUCAUUUGUGUAGGUGUCAAUCAGAAUUUGCUUCCACAAUUGAACCAUUGGAAACUGUGUUUGACACUUCGUGAAGAAUUGUUGGCCAAUGCAUGGGUAUUCAACUUGUUUGGUGCAGGUGAAGAUACUGAAGAAGUGGCUCCUUUUCUUCUUGAUAGCCGCAAGGAUCUCUUCGGUACUGAAGAUUCUUUACCAAUUGUACUUGAUUCUACUGACGAUGAGUCCGCAGAUUCUAUUCUUGCAUUGGAUGUCAAGGAACAUGAUAGUGUGUUGGAUGAACCUAGCGCAAUUCUUCAUGAGGAUGUGGUAUACAUCAGUGAUAGUGAACCAGAAGAAGAGUAUUCAAAUUCGUCAUAUUUCCAGAACCCCACAGAAGCGCACCUACAAGCCAAGGAACUAGAGAUUACCCAGGUUAAGUUGGUGAGCACACCGGUAAUUACUGAGUUCCAAAUAACCGUUGAAAUCAUAAAGCUUCUUAUAUCAAAGAAAGGAGAGACCAUGAAAUUACUUGAAAUCUACCAAAAUGGAAGAAUUGCGUCUCUUCUCUACGACCUUGCCAUUUCUAAAGCACCUCUAAGGUCGUCGAAGAAUCAACAAGACUUUCUAGCUAUUAAGCAUGAAACAUUUCAUUUCAUCAGACACAAUCUCCAAACGUCCUUGGGAUUAAUAACGACCACAAAAUCGCAAACUGUUAAACUGCACAAUCUCUGGAAGAUUUGUAAUCAUAUAAUUGGGUGCUUAGAUGCUAUCAGAAAUAGUGGUGGAGUCAAAGUAUUUGACGUAGAAAACUACCUCAGAAUAUUCAAGUCAAGCUAUCCAGAUGUUAUAGGUACUGGAAUGACUUCUAAACAUCUCAAUGCAAUAAUUGACCUCCUUCUUGAAGGAGAGGAGAGUUUUUGGCGUUACGACAGUCGUCGUAUGGAGUGGAAAUAUAUACAUUAA